AUGAAGCUCAUCCCCUACAAUGAGUCACGCCCAUUACACUCUCUCAUCACCGUCUUUACCGCCUGGAAAGCCUUCUUGCUGGCAAUAGCCCUCGGAACCACCGUCAGUCACGAUUAUGACACGUCAACGUCUCUCUUCUUCCAGAGCUUGUACGGCUCAAGCGCAAAUGCAUCAGCCCUCGCAACCCGGUUGACGCGAUGGGAUGCGCUGUACUUUAUGAAGGCUGCGCGCGACGGCUAUGUUUACGAGCAGCAAUGGGCCUUUGGAGCAGCGUUGCCGCUUUCUGUACGCGGCAUGCUGUGGCUCUUCAAGCCGUUAACACAUCUGGUCGGCGGUGAUGAUGCUGCCCUCGAGCCCUUAACGGCCAUCAUCUUUACGACCUUUUCUCACCUGAUUGCCGUUCUGGCUCUUCACAGACUCACUCUCAUUCUCUUUGGCAAUAAAACGCUAGCCUACGUGGCAGCGGUUCUGCACAUUCUCUCUCCAGCCGGCCUCUUUCUAUCCGCCCCGUACGGCGAGAGUCCGUUUGCCUGCCUGUCUUUUAUCGGCAACCUGCUCUUUGCCACGGGUGUCCAGCCCAGUUCUGGCGUUGGCAAACGGAUUCUAGCUUUUCUUGGCGCGGGCAUUUCGUUUGGACUGGCCACUGCUUUUAGGAGCAACGGCUUGUUCAGUGGGCUCCUGUUUGCCGUAGAAGCGAUCAGGGGUUUGCUCGCCUUUUUUCGCCAGCCGAGUAUUUCAAGGCUGGUCGUGCUCGCCUCCUUGAUCAUUGGCGGUCUCUGCAUUGCAGCAGGCAGUGUAGUACCGCAAACGGUGGCCUGGUUCAGAUAUUGCAAGGUUGAUCUCACUAACGCAGAGCCAAGACCAUGGUGUUCCCGCUUAGUACCCAGCAUAUAUACCUUUGUUCAGGCCUACUACUGGGAUAAUGGGUUCUUGAGAUAUUGGACCCCAAAUCAGCUGCCUCUAUUCAUAUUAGCCAGCCCUGUGCUCACGCUUCUUCUGAAGUCAGGAGUACAAGUUAUUCGUAGCUGGGCUGCGAUCCAGACAUUGGUUGCUGUCCUGGCAAUCACCAAUUUCCACGUGCAGAUUAUAACUCGACUGGCAUCUGGAUACCCCGUGUGGUAUUGGUGGAUAGCCAACAGCCUAGGAAAUAGUGAGACUCGCAAACUGGGCUCUGUGGUUGUUGUCUUUAUGGUCAUGUAUGCCGGUAUCCAGGGAGGCUUAUUUGCCUCGUUUAUGCCGCCAGCAUAG